UUUUCCUUGCUUCGUUGCCUGUUUUAGCUGCCCUACGUCAUGAACGAGCUGACUCUGACCGAGCUGGACAUGGGCUUCUCCAUCCCUAAGAUCCUCCACGCCUCCAAGCCCUUUGUGGACCACCAAGGCUUGUGGUUCGAUCUGGAAGUGUCCUACACAGGCUCCUUCCUCAUGACACUAGAGACCAAGCUGAACCUGGCUCGUCUGGGGAAGGAGGGAGAGGGGCUCGGGGAGCACGGCAAAGAAUGGUCUAGGCCACGGACGUACUGCCUGGCAGACAGCGAUGAGGAAUCGUCUAGUGCUGGCUCAUCUGAUGAGGACGAUGCCCCUGAACUCCUCAGUGACAAGCCUGUUUUGCCUGGAGCCGAGGGCUACGUGGGAGGCCACAGGCCCAGCAAGAUCAUGCGCUUCGUGGACAAGAUAGCCAAGUCAAAGUACUUCCAGAAAGCCACAGAGACGGAGUUCAUCAAGAAGAAGAUGGAGGAGGUGUCCAACACGCCGCUGCUGCUCACGGUGGAGGUGCAGGAGUGCCGCGGGACACUUGCGGUCAACAUCCCACCUCCCCCCACGGACAGGAUAUGGUACGGUUUUCGGAGUCCACCCCACCUGGAGCUGAAAGCGCGGCCCAAACUGGGUGAGAGGGAGGUCACCCUGGCUCAUGUCACUGACUGGAUUGAGAAGAAGCUGGACCAGGAGUUCCAGAAAAUAUUUGUGAUGCCAAACAUGGAUGACUUAUGGCUCCCCAUUAUGCACUCUGCCAUGGACACGCGCUCAAAUGCCAAUUUGGUUACUGUGACUAAUGAUGCCUUGAAGGAGCCAGAAGCCAAGGAGUCCGAGGCCUCUGAUAUGUGAAGACUGGUCAGAGAGCGCGUUGAUGGAGACUUUACCACCGUGGCAAUAUGAAUCCCUCACAAAGACCGUUGUACAGAAAUGGGCCAACUCUUAAUAUUUGUACCUAUUUCCAAAUCGCACUGUUGCUUCAGUCUGUGACAGCUCUUAACCGAUGUGCUCAUGAUGUGCUUGAAAUCAUUUGUGACCACCAAAAGAACAGACGAUAUUUUGUGUGACGCUGAAUAUUGUGAUUCACUCCCUGAUGAGAUUCAAUUCCCGAGGGUGUGUGUGACGGUGGACCGACAAACAGCCAUCUUGGUCCCCCAGAAGAACCACAAUACCUGUGAUGUACAGCUGAAAUGACCAUGGCUGUACACCGUGAACCUUUUCUGCAACCUUUCUAGUCAUUGCUGCAGUGACCCUUCGAGAACUUCUAAUGAGAGUUUGAGCAAGGCAGUUGCCUAAAAUACACCCGAUUUAUGUUGAAAGACCUUCAUCCGUCAAUACACAUUUCACAGGUGACUCAUCACUCCUCCACUCUGCUGCCUGGCACGUAUAUGCAAACAGAUCAAUGGGGUUGUACGCAUUGAUGAUCUGGGGUCAGUUAAAAUACACUAUGGACACCGUCACAAGCAGCCUAGUGCUUUUAACUGCGUGGUAGGGAUUAGUGCCAAAGCCAACCUUCUAUGGGUGAGCUAAACUAUAUCUGCAAACUCAGAAGCUAAACAUUGCCUAGGUUCAUUGAAUGUACUGGUAGGAAAGCGACGUAGAGAACAGCUCGUUCACUUACAAUGUACUUCUGCGCAACAUGCUUCAAGACCUCUUUUUAUGCCAUAGUCGAGAGUUGAGCAAAAGUAAUAAUUUUGUUUUGUUCUUGCCAAAGCAAUCUUUACAUCCAGUCUGAGGGACAUAUAAGCAGUUGGUGGACUAAACUGUGUUACUGGUAGUUUGGAGUGUGGGAGCUGGAAAACCGAAAUAAUCUGCAGGGAGUUUUUAUUUAUUUAUUUAUUUGAGGAGAUCGAAUCCCUUUCAUGAACACGGUCAUUUAAGGUUUUUGGGUAAAUAAACUGGGAAGUCACCCCCAUCCUAUGGUUUAAAUGAAUAACAUACUGGAUAUUAGCCAUGUUAUUUAAUGUUGUCAUCUUCCAGCUAAUGAAUGCUCAUUCUAUGUUCAGGUAUUUAUGGAUUUGUUUUUUCUGUACUGUACACAUUAAAAUGGAGUUGGUGAAGAUUCUCCGUCAUCCAGGUAAGGUGGUCUGAAAGCUGAAUGACAGCAACUGGAAUUAUUUCUUCCUGUUGUUGUGACUCAAUUUUUGAUAUGAAAAGGGAAUAACACAAAUGGACUUGAGCAGCAACUCUGCCAAGACACCCAGCUGCUUUACAGGUGACUUUUACUUUAGGAUUUCAUUCAGAUGCGUGUGUUGGUAAAGUGUAUGAGGCAUGAAGUGCCUUUAAAUUAAUCAAACAUUCCUCUGUAGUGAGCCACCACAUUUGUUGCAUCAGUUGAAGUUUGAUAGAAAACAUCAUUGUGCCAUUACUACGCAUGUCUGUCAAGACAUGCCCUUGGUUCUCACAGGUUUUCGGUGUUGUUCAUUUGCACAGUGAUGAAAAUAUCAAACAUUGCUGUUGUGUUCAGUGAUGUCACAGAAUGUUGAAUCUGAUCAUUGUGGAUCAAUAAAACCUUUUGCUUGAAAAACAA